UGUGGGAUGCCAAUGGCGGUCUAGAUGUAAUAUCUUGGAAAUUUGGCCAGCCUUGAGGCAUUUAUACAAAGAUUGUACAGAGUGGCAUAGAUUAAUUUUAAUUUGCACAACAGUUCUUGAUACAAUACACACUAAUGAUUAAGUACAUUGGUAUGGGUUUGCGAGGAUUUUUUGUUUUAGCGGCGAAAAUAUGGAGUUUCAUUUGCUACUGUGUCCGUCGACAAGCGCGUGCGAUUAUCCAACACCAAACAGUUAAAUAUGAACAUAUACCACUGUCUCCUUUAUCCAAACAUAGACUUAGUAUGCUAAGGAGAAAAACAUUAGUUUUAGAUUUGGAUGAGACGUUGAUACAUUCGCAUCAUGAUGGUGUUCUAAGACAAACAGUUAAACCUGGAGUUCCACCAGAUUUUGUCUUAAAGGUUACAAUUGAUAGACAUCCAGUUCGAUUUUUUGUUCAUAAAAGACCACAUGUGGAUUAUUUUCUUGAAAUAGUUAGUCAGUGGUAUGACCUAGUGGUUUUUACAGCAAGCAUGGAAAUUUAUGGAGCCGCAGUGGCAGAUAAACUUGAUAAUAACAAAGGAAUUUUAAAACGCAGGUAUUACAGGCAGCAUUGUAACCUGAUUUUAGGAAGUUAUACAAAAGAUCUAUCUGCUAUAAAUCCUGAUCUCUCCAGUAUAUUUAUAUUAGAUAAUUCUCCUGUAGCCUAUCGUUCAUAUCCUAAUAAUGCCAUACCAAUCAAGUCAUGGUUCAGUGAUGCGACUGAUACCGCACUGCUCUGUCUCCUACCAUUAUUAGAUGCUUUACGAUUUUCCAGCGAUGUUCGUUCUGUUCUCGGACGAAACUUACAUUUACAGGUUCCAUGGUAGCUUUUUAUUAUUUUUCCUAUAUCCAAAAUGGUCGUCAUUAUGGAUUCAUUGUGUCAUAUUGUAUAUAGUUCACUUAACCCAUGUUAACAAAACACAAAUCAUUAUUACAAUUAGUUUAUGUCAGGUUCAUCAGGAUUGGUUGUUGUUGAAUUAAAAGUUGACAGCUAAUUCUUAAUAAAGAUUGGUUAAUUUGGAUUUAAAAAGAUGUAGAUACUAGCCAAUCAGAGGACAGGACGUUUCUGAAUAGUUAUUGAAUGGCAUCUGUGGUGCAGGUUGAUUUUAAAGAGUUUAAUAGUUGCUGGAAAUCAUGUAAGAUAUAUUAAUAAAUAGCCAUACUUCAUUCAUUUAAAUUUUGCAAAUAAAUUAAUUUAAACUGAAAAAAAUAGAGAUUACUAGGCCAGGAUCCCAUUUUAACACACCUAAAAAAAAUAUUUUUAAGUACUUGAAAUGUCUUUAUAUUUAAUAUGCCCAGAUAUUAUUCUGUAUGAUCAAUAGACUUGGUAGCAUUUAAAGAGCUCAUUUCUAAAAUAUAAGAAGUAAUAUUUGAACCUUGCUGUAAACAAGGUUUUUUUUAUUAUUAUUAUUCCAUACACCUGUUACCUAGUGUUUUAUGUAAAGGUACAAAAUAAAAUAUUAAUAUGAUUAUAAUUAAUAUCGUUGAUAUAUAAUUAAUAUCAUUGAUAUAUAAUUAAUAUCAUUGAUAUAUAAUUAGUAUCAUUGAUAAAUACAUUUAAUUAAUGUUAUUGAUAUAUUAUUAAUAUCAUUGAUAUACAUUCGCUUUUGGUAUUUUCAUUGAAAACUGCUUGUUUAUCAUGAAAAGCUGGCCUGACAUUUAUAUCUUUUUGGAAUCACCUCUUAUUUGCAACCUAAGUCUGUUGCAAGUGUUUAUUUUCUGUAUAGUACAGCAAAUGAUUAUUUUUUUAAACAAACAAAGAAAUAAAUAAAUUUUAGGUAAAAUUUAACAACUUAAAUAUACGUUUUAAAUUUCUUGUUGAGUUAAUAAACAUUAUUAAUAAUUGGUAAAUUUAAGUUAAAUUGGAUCUACUGGCCUUCAUUAACAAUAGCGAUAGCCCUUACUGAUUGUACAGGGGUAAAAGAGGAGAUCUUAUUACUGGCAUAAGGCAAAUACAAGAGAAAAUGUAUACAUGGCUACCUCAACAAUUACAUUAAUACCUAAUUGAUUGUCUGAUAUUUGUCCUUGACUUAUUAUUGUUUAAAUGCCUUGGUACAUCAGCCUUUAUUCCUCAUUUAUAUUUACUGUAUUUCUCUUACGUUGAAUUUUUGUCAGACCCUCAAAUUCGGUAAAAUUUGACUAAUGUGCAAAAGAUCUCAGGAUAAGUACUUAAAGAAAACACUUGUAUUUAUUACUUGAGUUGUUGAGAAAACUGUGAGAUUAGAUAGUUAAUAAUAAACCACAAUAGAAGGUACCCGGUAAUAAAAUGAAUCUUGUCUCUGCUGGUCAAAUCUAUUUUAAUUGAUAGAUCUAUGUAUGAAAUUUAAUGUGUUGUUGAAAGUGAACCAAUGCUUAAAAAGUGUUGGGAUAUUAGUUCUUAAACGUAAUCACAUGUAGCUAUAAAUGCAUGAGACAGGGUAUGCGUAGUUAGUGCUUAUAGAAUAUCUGAUACCACUUCUUAUUUAUAUGUAAAGUUCACUCAGCUUACAGUUUUUAUUGUGCUGUUAUAUUCAUAUUUCGGUCCACUUGAAUCAAAUGAAGAUUUAGUCCUUUAAUAUUAGAUGAUAAUUAAGUCUUUAAUGAAAUUAGCCUGAUUAAUUGUGAAAUAUGUUGCAUCAGAAUUCAACAAAAGUAUUGUUUCAACCAUAUAGUUUAUAAAGCUUAAGAUUUUGCACUUAGAGUAUCACUGUUUAAUAGAUGGACUUAAUGUCAAAAUUAUUUUAACUUUGGAUCAGUAAAUAUUUGAAUAUGACUUGACAGUAAGAGUGUAUAAAAGACUAAAAAUUCCAGUAAACAUUUGAUUCAGCUAGGUCAACAUCGGUUGUAAUAUAAGCAGUUGGUCUUCCCUUGAUCUUUUUAUUCAUAAAGUAAUCUUACAGUUAAAUUCUCCACUGUAAAUCUUCGUUUUUUUUGUGGCUUUUCUGAGGUUAAUGCAUCUAUUGCGGCAGUCUUGAAGUUUAAAUAUGUGGGCUCCUGAAAGAUGUGUUACAGAAAUAGAGAUAGUUACCUCCCCCAAUGAAUAAUUUUAUUACCAUUUCCAACAUGCAGUAGUGUAAUUAAGAAUAAGUCAUGCAAUGUUAAUUUUUGUCUAACUUGUGUGAACUAGUCACUGUAAGUUACACUGCAUGCCUAUUGCUAGUAUAUAUGACAAAUUACUAAACUCUAACUAUUCUUUACAUAUUUCUAUAAUUAUUGCAUUCAACUAAGAACUACUUUUGAAGUGUAAGAGUGCAGUUAAAUAUAGUAAUAUGGUUUUCAUAAGAAUUUUUAUAUAUUCAUCAAGAUUAUUAGAAUAAUGUUGUUUAGUUUGUUUUGUUUUUUCUGCAUUAUACUUAAUAAGUGUGAUAUUGGUUUUAGUAGCAAUUUAUUAUUUGUUUUAGUGACAUGUAACUAUUAUCAAGUAAAUUACAUUUCUUAUAAUUUAUAUUUAGAUCAGUAAUAUUAUUUUUGCAUCUGCACAUUGGGUUUUUAGAGUGACCUGCAGAAUAUGAUUUUACACUCUUGAUUGUAACUACAUGUAUGUUAAGAAACUGGACUUUAGAAAGUAAGUUUGAUGUGAUGUUAAUAGAUUUGGGAUUUUUACUUUCCAAACCAAUUUAUUCUCAUUUCUAAAAAAAAGGCAGAAUAAUAUUUCAUUUCAAGUCCAGGAUUCACAAUAAUCUAGUUGUUGCUACAUGUCCAUGACAUGCCAUGUUAAUAAUAAUACUAAUGAAUGAAUGCAAAGAGAUUUGGUUAAGUGUGUCAUCCAGUUGAAAUAGUUUGUGCAGAUCUUCAAUUAUCAAGGAUGUACGUAGAGGUUCAAUAGUUGUCUGAUCAUCUGUGUUUUUUGCACUGCAACUGAGACUAGUUAAUGAACCACAAUUUUUGAGAUGAAAAUGCCUCACGAAACUGUAAACAGAAAAUUAAUAUAUAGUGUUUUUAAAAAGGAAAUAAUUGUAAAUUUUAUGCAUGUAUUAUUGAUAAAAAAUGUAGAGUAAAAAAUAUGAAACUGACAUCAAAGACAUAUGCAUGGCAGUUAAUUUUUAAAAGCUGAAUUUACAAAGCAACAUUUUCUUUGUCAGAUAGGCUUGAAAUUUAAAACUAUAUCAAAUAAACUGAUUUGUAAUCUGCUUUGACACAUCUUUCAUGGUAUUGUAAGCAAUAGUCUUGUUCCCUUUUAGGGUCUGAUUUUCUUUAAAACUGUGCAGUCUGCACCAAAUUACUAGAUCAAUUACUAUUAUGAUCAAUUUUUCAGAUUUGCAAAUAUAACAUAAUUCAAUUAAAGUUCAUAUCAAAGAGUUUGCCUGAUUUGAACAAAGUGGAUAUGACAAAGGAAAAUAUGACACAUGAACAAAGUUUUUUAAUCCUUGUAGCAGAUGUGGCAAACCUUUUCUUUCCAAAAAAAUCUUUGACAAAAUUUUGAAUCUGUGUGAAUGCAACCACUCUGGCCGCGAGUUUACAAAGCAUUCUCAGACUUAAGAAUUUACUCGAAACUGUUGACCUUAUUGUAACUAAAAUAUAGCCCUUAAUAAAACUAUCUUUUCUGUGUCCUAGAAAACCCGUCAUGUAAACUUAGCUUCACCCUACAAUUACAUUCUAAUUCCUGCUCCCUGAUAAUUAUGUCCAGAUCAAAUGAUUUUUUUUUUUGUGUUAAAAUGAAUAUUGCAAAUGGUCGCAAAUGAAAUAUAAUUUAAAUGAUUGAAGUAGUUUGUCCAAUUCAAAAUAUGUCAAUUUAUAACUUUGGAUUGUAACUUGUAUUAAAGUCAUAAGUAUUUAAUAUAAUAUGAAAAAUUUAAGAUAAGAGAGAAAAUUAUCUUGUAAAUGGUCUGUUGUGUUUCAUUCUGUAUAUCGAUGAAAUCAAAUAGUAUGUUCAAUACUUAGUUUCUAUCAAAUAUAAUUGAUGAAAUAUUUUAAAUCAUUCCUUUUGUAGCAUUGUAAGAUUAAAGAAACUGAUAUUGAUGUAUGCCCACAGGAAAUUAAUAUUCAGAACUGCACACAGCUGCUUUUUUUCUUCCUUCAAAUUUCUGUUCUUUGGAAUGUGAAUACUUUGAGCUCCAAUAAAAGUUACAUGCUGGAGUUUCUUAAUUUUAAUGAAUAGGGCUUUUACUAACAUAUAUAGGGCGGAAUAGAUAAUAUAAAGCACAGUCAGUUAAUCGCAAGUCCUAAUCUCAUGUUUUCUUUUUAAUAUUUAAAGUGUGUUAGAUAAAAACUCUUGUUGUUGAGAUGAGAGAAAGAUUAGAAUUAAAAUAUAUGAUGAAUUACAUAUAUAUUUUUGUUUACUAUUUGUAAGUAAAUGUUGUUACUAUGAUAAAGUCUGUGUUACAUUCAACUAAGUAAAUGUUUGUGCCAUGGUGUAAUAUAAGUAAUACAAAUUAUGGAUAUAAAAUGUGAAAAAAUUA